ACACUGCACUCGGAAUAUACUCGUUCCGAGUCCCAGGCUCUGAGCUCUGCUGCGACCUCUUUUCUCUGCGAUCUCCCAGUGUGCUUUGAAGCGAAAAAGCUAGCACACAGAAGACGGAGAUGACGUUGUUUCAUUUCUUCAACUGUGCGAUUCUCACCUUCGGCCCUCACGCUGUUUACUAUUCCGCCACGCCCUUGUCCGAGUAUGAUACCCUUGGAACCUCUAUUAAAGCUGCGCUUGUUUAUCUUGGGACAGCUUUAGUAAAGCUCGUUUGCUUAGCCACUUUUCUUAAGGUGUCUGAGAAUGACAGUUUUGAUCCAUAUCAGGAAUUGUUGAAAGCUUUAAUCGGUUUCAUAGAUGUUGCUGGGCUGUACUUUGCCUUGACCCAGUUGACUCACAGAAAUAUCUCUCAAAACCAUAAAUUUCAAGCUGUUGGACUUGGGUGGGCUUUUGCUGAUUCUGUUUUACAUAGACUGGCACCUCUUUGGGUGGGAGCUCGAGGGCUAGAAUUCACUUGGGAUUACAUUCUGCAAGGCCUUGAAGCAAAUGCUAACCUGGUGCUGAGCAUUUCCCUUGCUGCAUUGGGAUCUCUGAUGUGGCUUCGCAAAAACAAACCCAAGACUUUGAUUCCCAUAAUAUAUGCAUGUGCAGGCAUUGUGGCAACCAUGCCAUCCAUCACAAGCUAUUUGAGAAGAGGAUUGGGGUGGCAUCUUCCAAAAGUUGUAGGCUUCGAACUAUUUACCUCUCUGAUGAUGGCUUUUAUUAGUUGGCAACUCUUUUCUGCAUGUCAAAGACCAUCGUCGUAGGAAAAUCCAGUAGGCUCUCUAACGCUAGAUAGUUUGGUUGAGGAUAGGCUUUUGGAAUGUAUUGAAGAAGUCCAGCUGCAUGGCUAUCAGUUCUUCCCCUGACAAGGCUGUUGUACUGUUUCGUUUUAAAUAUUGCAGUAUCUUUUAUUUUGCUUAUAAAAAUUAUUCAUAUGUAAUAUCAUUUUCUGUGAUGUUCAGAGACUUUGAAUAGAUAGAUUUUUCCUUUACCGCA